GCAGAAGACAGCAUACGAUUUGUACUACGGAACGGCCACAAAGAUUUUAUCGACUUCCAAAACAAAAAUAUUGGAUGCUGGAGUUGGAUUGGCAGGCAAGGCGGUGGACAAAAUUUGAACUUGCAGACUCCUAGUUGUACAUAUUAUGUAGGAACCGCCAUACAUGAAAUCAACCACGCCAUCGGCUUUUGGCAUGAACACACUAGAGAAGAUCGAGAUAAUUACGUGAGCAUUAAUUGGAAUAAUAUUCAACGAGACCAGCAGUAUAAUUUCAAUAAGGCUCCCCAAAAACAGAUUACUUAUAAUGUCCCUUACGAUUACAAAAGCGUAAUGCAUUAUUCAGAGUACGCGUUUGCCAUAAAUCCCAACGUAAAAACCAUUAUGCCAACGAAUCCACCAGAUGCAACAAUUAUCGGUGAGAGAAGUGGCCUUAGCAACGGAGACGUUCUAAAAAUCAACAGAAUGUACGAAUGCUAAUGUUUGAGCGUAAUUGGCAUUUAUGUCAAAGAUCAGAACUGACGACAAAAUGGCUUUGAUAAUGGUCUUCUGUAUUAAAAAAUUUUAAAUUAAAUAUAUUUAAUAAAUAUUUAUGUGUAACAAA